CCGCAGCACUACAGAUAUUGCGCCGCAAUCAUCCUCAAGGAAGGCAGUAUGAACCUACUUCAGCCCGCACACCGGCACACGGCUAGUGAGCAGGCCACAUCCUUGAUAUCGUCAACUAUGCUACAGUCCCCAAACAUAAAUUCUUUCUGAAUAUAAGCAUAGGGACGAAUACUCCAUUUGAGAACUCAAGGAGUAAAACUUUAUUACUGCCUGCAUUGUGACUAGAAUAGGCAGUAAACGAAUUAAUUUCUGAACUUUUGUCGAGACCAAGUUAAAUUGAAACUUAGCUUCAACUCAAAGGCGCAAGGAAGCAAUUUCAAGAUGAUUAAGUGAUGCUACAACAGAACAAUCCAGUAAUGAUGAUUCUUCUGUUGAUGAGCGGCCAAAGCCUCGUAAGAAGCUAGACUCUACUUCAGCAAAGGUGAAAACCGUAGUUCCAAAAAUUAAACUUCAUGAUCCUAAAUGGACUGAUGGAAGCAUUCCAUUGGAUGCACUUUCUGAUAAACUCUCAAAAAUUGGAAGGGAAGCUAUUGAGCGUAGAGAUGCAGCAGCAGCAGCUGCUGCUGCUACUGCUCUGCAAGAGGCGAUGCUCACUGAAUCAGUUGUCAGGAACCUAAGCAAGUUCUCUGAAAUUUGCUCGUCAUCAAAGACCUCCAAUCCACUCCCAACAGUCGAUAUUUUCCUUGCUGUCUAUGAAGAUACUCUCAAGUGGAAGACAAUUGCUGAGUCUAUGGUGACCGCUGAGGCUGACGAGGCAUUCUUGGAGAAAUCAUCUCAUGACUGGGUUCAUGCUGCCUUAGCCACUGAUCUUAAAGUCCUCAAGCUACUGAAUGGUGCCACUAAAUCCAUCUCUCGGUUGAAGAGCACCAAUAGGCCAAAGGCGCCUUCAGUGGAACCACCAAGAACAAGCCUGACCAGGAAGCCAUCACUUGGAGCUUCAGCAAAAGUCCAGCCUAAGGUCUCACUGAGCUCUCCAGCAAGCUCCACAUGGAACAACACUGAGAGCAUGUAUCAGACAGUUGAGCUUGCAAAGGCCUUGUGGCGCGAGAUGCAUAUGUGGUUCCUGAAUUUUGUGAAUGAGGCACUGGAUGCGGGCUUCCACUUGUUUGAAGACCAGAAUGUGGCAAGUAAGGGAAAACACAGCAGCCACAUAACAGUGGUUCUUUCACAAUUCAAGAAGAUCAGUGACUGGUUGGAUGGAGUUAGGAAGAUUGCUGAGGAGGAGAAAACAAAGGAGAAGAUUGAGUGCUUGAAGCGCAAGAUUUAUGGGUUUGUCAUUAGCCACAUGGGGUCUGCAUUUGAGAGCUCUGUCUCAGUUUCAUUUAGGAGUUGAGGGAUACUUCAUGCUCUGAAGCUGACUUCGAUUGCCAUUUUUUUCUUUGGAGUAAGGAUAUCCAAUUCAACAGUGAAGUGGUGUGGGCUACAUUUGUAGUAGUGGUGUGUCUUUUUUUUUAUAUAAUUUAUGACUUAAGAUCUGUGAAUAUGCAUUGUGGUUUGCCUUUGCGGCGCGGCGCGGCCCCUCUCUUCUCGCGAUCCAAGGGGGCAAGCAAGGCCAUGGAGAUCAACAUCGUGGACAAGUACGAGAAGCUGGAGAAGGUCGAGGAGGGCACCUACGGCAAGGUGUACAAGGAGCAGGACAAGG